AUGGCCAGUCAUGACCAAUACAGUUAUAGAGGCUCCAUGGAACAAGGAAACGUUUUCCAAAGAUUUACAAAUUCAUUUAAAAGAAUCGAUUUAGAAGACGAUGGAAUCGAUACUAGUGAAAUGACCGAAUUAGAAAAAUCCAUUUAUGCAACUGCUAACCAUCCUCUUGCAAGAAGAUUGAAAACAAGACAUUUGUUUUGGAUUGCCUUUGGUGGGGUGAUUGGUUCGGGUUUAUUCGUUGGUAGUGGGUUCAGUUUAUCUCAAGCCGGUCCAGCAGGGUUUUUAAUUGGUUAUAUUGUUAUUGGUUAUGCCAUGCUUUGUGUUGUAUUAUCGCUUUCAGAAAUCGCUACUCAAUUUGCAGUCUCUGGUUCUUUUGUUUCCCUUUUUUCAAGAAUGAUUCAUCCGUCUUGGAGUUUUACCCUUGGGAUCCUUUAUUCCCUUUCAUGGCUUAUUUCAUUUCCUUCAGAAUUAAUCGCUUGUAGUAUGACAAUUAAAUAUUGGAAUUCUUCAGUUAAUCCUUGUGUUUGGGUGGCGGUAUUCUACGUUUUCAUCUUUACCGUUAAUCUUUUCGGGGUAAGAGGUUAUGGUGAUAUUGAAAUGGGGAUUUCAAUCAUCAAAAUUCUUGCGGUUAUCGGAUUUAUCAUCUUGGGUAUUUGUAUCAUUUGUGGUGUUGGUGAUCAAGGUUACAUUGGUGGUCAGUACUGGCAUAAUCCUGGUGCAUUUAAUCAUGGGUUUAAAGGGGUUUGUGCUUCCUUCAUUAGUGCUGCCUUCACUUUUGGUGGUACUGAAUUAGUUGCUUUAGCAGCUGCUGAAACUGCUAACCCAAGACACUCUUUACCAAAAGCUACCAAACAAGUUUUUUGGAGAAUUACCAUUUUCUAUUUCUUAACUGCAAUUGUUAUUGGUUGUUUGGUUCCUUAUACUAAUGAACAAUUGAUUAAUGGUACUGGUAUUACUGCAUCUCCAUUUGUUAUUGCUGUUUCAAAUGGUGGUAUCAAAGUUGUUCCUCAUAUCAUGAAUGCAGUGGUUUUAUUGGCCAUUGUUUCCGUGGCCAAUUCUUCUGUUUAUGGUUGUUCAAGAACUUUGGCUUCAUUAUCUGCUCAAGGUUUAUUACCUUGGUUUGAUUAUAUCGAUAAAGAAGGUAGACCAAUCGUUGCAAUCAUGUUCACUAAUGUUAUUGGUUUAUUAGGAUUUUUAGCUGCUUAUGAAGAUGAAGAUAGAGUCUUCACUUGGUUUUUCUCAAUUUGUUCAUUAUCUUCCUUUUUCAUUUGGGGUUCAAUUUGUUUCACUCAUGUUAGAUUUAGAAUGGCCUUACGUGCUCAAGGUAGAGGGGUUGAAGAAGUUGCAUUUGUUUCUCCUUUAGGUUUAUUUGGUUCUAUAAGUGGUAUCAUAAUCUUAUUCUUGGUCAUUUGUGCAGAAAUUUGGACUUCUAUUUGGCCAAUUGGUGAGAGUGCUGAUGUAGUUACCUUCUGGCAAAAUUGUUUGUCAUUACCUCUUAUGCUUGUUAUGUGGUUCUUAUUCAAUCUUUACAAAAAAUCCUUCUAUCCUUUCUUCAUCCCUCUUGAAGAAAUCGAUUUAGAUACCGGUAGAAGAGAUGUUGAUGUCGAAUUAUUAAAACAAGAAAUUGCUGAUGAAAAACUCGAACUUCAAUCAAAACCAUUCUACUAUAAAAUUUAUAAAUUCUUCUGUUAA